CAGCCAAUCACAGCUCUUGUCAACCAGCUUUAGUAAAGUUCGUAUCUCUCCGCCGUUUGAUUUCACUUCGUCCUUUGAGGAAACAAGCGGCUCUGUUUUUACUCGGCGCUAAAGAUGCGGGUGAACAAACCAGCCCCGACUAUGUGCAACACACAUCGGCUCAAAGUGCGAGAUACGAGCGAAAAGAGCCUCUAGUGAAGAAAAGAAGAUGUAUCUAUGGCGUUUCUCCAUCGCCAUAACCCUCGGCUUGGUGUGGUAUUUUUCAGACUGCGGUCGCACAGUGACACAGUACAUUUUAUGUUUCCUCUUUUGUUUUUCUACCCCGCUGUUAUUCGGGAACAGUGGACGAGAGAGCAGCACUCAGACUGAUGAGGACACGAAGGAAAAUCCUCUCCAGGAAACUGUCGAGGAAAACUUGUUCUGUGACUUGACUGAUGAAGAGAGCAGCGAGCAGGCCGAACCCCUGGAUUCUCAGUAUCCACACGUGAAGAGGUCUCUACAGCAAGUGUUUGAGUGUGCCUACGCUCAGCUGGUCCUGCCUUGGUACGACGUUCCCGAGCCGCGUGAGCACCAGCCUCUGCACCAGGUGCUCAGCAGGGAAGUCGACUUCAUAAUCGACCGGCUCAUUGAGAGAGCCAAAAACUUUGAUGUCUGCCAGGCGGUGGUGGGCUCCAUUCGGAUUUUGACCCAGCACUUGCAUAAUGCGAAGCAGUCUGACAGACAGCUCUUGUUCACUUCCAGAGCAGAGGAGAUCACAGUUCUCCGAGAGUUUUCUGACGCUCUGGUACGUAACCUUUUUCCCAAAUCUCUCUGGGGCCAAGAAGUCAACCGCUGUGCCUUAAAUGAGAUCGUUGCUGUAAAGGGUUUGGGCCUGUUGGUGACAUGGCUGUCCGACCCCGACAACCUGAACCAGUUGGUGGUGAGCCAACUCGACAGCGUGACCCCCAAAGGCUCUGUGGAGGAGCUGUGCGGAUCAGACCUGGAUCAGACCUCGCUGGCUUCACAGGAGGGCGAAGGCGAGGGCAGUCAAGUGAGCUUGGAGGGAGCCGGGAUUUCAACCAGCACCAGGAUCAAGGCCAAAAGGAAAGGGAACAAGUUAAAAGAAGGAUGGUCCAAAUUCGUGUACAAGAUGAAGACCAAGAAGGCCAAGAAGAAGAAGAUGAAGAAGAUGGAGCAGGAGCUGAUGAAUAGGAUCAUGUCGAUCCAGAGAGAUGUGCCCAACGAGGAAGAUGUCAGCAGCAAGGAGGGCUCCAUUCAGAGCCAGCAGGACUCUGACAGGGAGGACAGUGAUCUGGAGAACUACCUGACAAGUGUCCAAGAGGACAUGAUGGAAUUCAAGCUGUCAUAUGAGAUGUGGCGUGUUGGCCGCUGGGCUGUCAGCAUCCCUCAUGCCGACUGGGAGGAUGAGGAGCUAACCUUCACUCUUCACCUGGAGGAGAAAGACAGCCCUGAGAACCUACAGUGGGACAUCAGGAAAACAUACAUGGAUGUUGUUUACUUCCGCAACAGAUGGCAGGACUCGACCAGCCUUUCUAUGAUCCUGGUGCUAGAGCAGUCGGAGGUCAACGAUGAGGUCAAAGAAGAGGCCAAAGAAGAGGCCAGAGUAUCAGUGGAGCACUUCCUUCAGGAAUUAGUCUCUGAUGAUCUGAUUGGCCACACUCAACCGGUUUUUCAGUUCCUCUGCCCUCUUGACAAACUGCUGAAUGAGGAGGAACAUUAUGGAGGCGUGUGGGGCCUUCUGAGUGGUUUGGCGUACUUCCUCACUCCAGGCCAAGAGGAAGAAGAGAACUCGAGCCCUCACACAGAAACCCCGAAAGAAAUCAAAAUGUCAUCUUUUCUAGAAUCCACAGCUCUGACUUUAGAAAAAUCUGAAGCCUCUACUGGGAAGGCCAAUGAUGUUCCCAGUCCUACAAUCCCAGCUAUUGUUAUCUCCCAAUGCGAUCCUCCUUCAGAACCGUCUAAGGAAGCAGAAACUGAAAGCGAGCCACAAUCUGCAAAUGAAAACUGCUCUCAGGACAAAACUGAGGACUCUGAUAAUCCCUUAACCACUCACUUUAAAAUGAUUUUCAAAGGACUGACCCGAUCCAGGUCACAAGAGUCGUUGUCCUCCACAAAAACCACCAGUGAUGAAGACCCGCCCGAUUCAGACUCCACGCCACACUGCAGCCAAAAUGGAGGCGUGCAGGGGGAGAGCGCGGAAGGCCUGUCGUGGCUUCAUUUCAAUGCGAGGUCAAAUAAAAAGGAGAAAACAUGUUUCAAGAUGUCAGGUGGAGCGAACAAGGCCAAAGGGAAGGACCAGGGCACUUUGCCAAGGGUGGAGGACUCCCAGUGUCAGAAGACCCAAGUCAACUGGGAGCAGCUGGAAGCAUCCAAAGCCAUAUUUGAUCUGCUGAAAGAAAUAUCCGGAAACUCCAUCCUCAUAAACAUAUUUGACGCCAUUUUGAAACCUGUUAUGCCAAUCUUGAAAAAAAAAGUGAACACUUUCCUGAACAAGAUGAACCCAACGGAAGUGCAGAUGGCCUCGUAUAUCGACACUAUGCGUGACAAACAAUGGCCAGAGUUUCGACCAGCAGCACCUCCUCCUCCUCGUCCUCCUCGCACCAGUGAGGAGAAGAACGACACCAAGGACAGAGCGCACAACCUCAUCAAUGCCAGAUAUUCAAACUAUCUUGUCCUGAAGAAGACGGACAUGGAGUCUGUUUUUAAUAUUUUCCAGGACAGUGAAGAAAACAAAACGCUGGUAUAUAGCCUCCUGUCAUUCCUGUUGGGGGAAUUUUUUCCCAAUGAGCAUUCCCUAAAUGUGAGUGCAGCUGGCCUGCAGAAAGUGACCAACUCCAGCAACCGAUCUGUGAAUACCUGACUGUGUUUUUAAUGGUACAUUUUAGAAUAGCAGAUUAUUUAUUAAACAUCUUAAAAUGCCUUAAAAUAUGUGUGACCGAACAUAUCAAACAUACUGUGAAUUUACUUUGAACAGUUCAACUGCAUAUUUUAAUGAUUACACCUGAAAUCAGAAACAUUCUUUACUGGAGCCGCUUUUUACUUUUAUUGUUAAACUCAGAGGAGAAAGUAAAUUAUGUUUCAUUUUUACAGUUUGAGUUUCACCCUUUACACUUUAAUUUAAAAUAAUUUACAUUUUCUUAAACAUUUUUGUGUCACUUUGAGCACUUGUAUGGUGGUAUAUGGUAUUUGGCUGGUUAAGUUUUAUAUAAUAUUUCACAAUUAUUUUCACCUAAAUCUGUCAAAGUGGACAACACCACAAAGGAAACUUGAAAUAGUGUUUAUGUAAAUAACUUAGAAUUAAUUCCAAAUAAAAUAUUUUAAUAAAAAGGU